AAUCCAUCUACUGAUCCAUUUGUCCACUCAUCUUCCCCUAGUAGUGAUGAAAGCCAGAAAACACGGCGCUGGCCGUCUCGGAGGUCAUGCAAACACCAUCGAACGUUUCCGACAUGGAGCGUUGUGAAUUUCAGAGUGGCAGCGGCAAAGACGAAGUCUUCGCGCAAACUGUUCGCAAGGAGAUAACGAAUUUUGUACAAGGUGGCGUUGAAAACAGUGUGCUGAUCUUUCCAGUUCUACCGAAACGCGAAAGAUUCCUGACUCACAAGGUUGUUGAAGAAGAGUUUGAGGAUCUGUGCAGUUUCUCAGUGGGAGUCACUCUUAGAAGGACAGCUGUGUGCCUGAAGUCGCGGCUUAUUUUUGCAUUUAACAGCGGCUUCUGCCUAAUUGAAGCAGCGCGGAAAGUUGCGGUGAGGCUCUGCAGAGAGAAAGGGCUUCCAGUCGACUUCCUUUCACAUAGCAUCGAGAGACCGCCACCUUCAAACAGAGAGAUGCAAGCACCGAGGUCGGCACGGCGGCGUCAACGGCGUCCAGAUGUACAGUUGUAUGUGCCACGAGGUCGAAAAGUUGAGGCCUUGAAAUCUGACGCCAAAGAUGCCCCUGCACAAGCAGCAAGGGUGCCUUCAAAACACUUGCUAGAAAGGAGAGCACCAUUGGCAACAACAGAUGCCACAGAAGCCUUGACACUUGAAGCAAAAGAUGGCAAUGCACAAGCAGCAACGGUUCCUUCGCCACACUUGCCCGAAGGCCAAGCACCCUUUCCAACAACAAGUGCAGCUGAGGCCUUGAAACCUGAUGCGAGGGAUGCCUCUCCACAAGCGGCAAGAAUGCCUUCUCCAUGCCUGCCAGAACGGCAAGCACCUUUCGCAACAGGUGCAGCUGAUGCUCUGAAGGAUGAUGCAAGAUAUGCCCCUGCAUUAGCAACAAGGGUGCCCUCCCCAUGCAUGCCAGAAAGCCAAGCACCUUUUUCAACAACAGAUGCAGCAGAAGCAUUGAAACCUGAUGUAAGAGAUGCCCUUGCACAAGCAGCAACGGUGCCUUUGCCACACCUGUCGGAAAAUCUGGCACCUUUUGCAACAACAGAUGCGGCUGAUCCUCGAUGCAUAGAGGACACUGGAUAUCAUUAUAUCAAAGCACAUUCAGAACACAUAAAAAAAGCCUGUGCUCAAUUGGACGAAGACACUAAUGUGCGUGAUAUGGAUAGUGUUGCGGACUGUGCAUGCCAGGUAUUAGACAGUAACUGUGAUAUGCUCUCCACAAGUGGGAAUUCUGAUAAUGGUAAAAGUGUGAUCCAAGGGUGCUUGUCACUUUCCCAGGAAAAUGACUGUGAAUGCAUUAUAAAGGCCGCAAACGAAUGUUAUGAAGAAGUGAAUUCAUUGCAGGCAUUUUCAUCUACUGCAACAGGGAGUGUAGGUACACAAAAAAAGACAGGCCUGCAGGUGUUGCAGUGUAGUGUUGGCAUCGUAGUGGAUGACAAUGUUGUGAGAACUAGUGAAAGGACUGAAAAUGCAGUGCAUGAAGAGCGGUCACCUGCAAGUCAUAUGGAGAUGGCACAGUUGUGUGGUGAGCAUGUAGACACUGCUGGAGAUAGCAUGGAAGCAAGCCUUGAAGAGAGCCAUGAAGAUGCUGAGGAUUCAUGGGAUGCUCUUUUUGAUGAAACAGGGGAAUGUAUUGAUCCAGAUGUAUUGAAAAAUAUUACUAAGGCCUUGGGUGAGAUCAAAGUGCAGCAAGCACAACUUGAUUACUCUAAGUUUGUGGAUCGCAGUCCCAAUUUAUCGGAGGAAGAGUAUGGCCAUGUCCUUGAGAUGUACGAUUUUCCUGCUGAAUUCAAAACAAAAGAUCUUGUGACAACGCUGUCAUCUUGCAGAGAUCAAUUUAGCAUUAAGUGGGUGGAUGACACGCAUGCAUUGGCAAUAUUUUCAUCGCCAUUUGCUGCGACCGAAGCUCUCAGCCUGCAGAAUUCACUUGUGAAAAUGAGGCCCGUCUCUGAAGCAUCCAAGCAAUCUAAGUUAAAGAUUAAGCAUUGUAGCGAAAUGUUGAUGCCUUACAAGCCCCGUCCGCAGACAUCUGCUUCAGUGGCACGCCGCUUAGUGAGUGGAGCUCUUGGCAUGCGGGUGAAGGUGGAUGUUGAACAACGAAGAAAGGAACUACAGGUCUUGAAAGAGGCAAAAGGAAAGAGAAAGACUGCAGCCAAGCAGCGAGCUGACGUGUGGAAUGGAGAUGUAUCAUGACUUGCUAGCAAGCUCAACACUGGAAGCUACUUGUUGCCCAUCCUGGCCUGCAUCAGACGGGGGGAGUUACUGACUGUAUAUGGGUCACCACCUCUCGCUGUAAAUGGUUGUCCAAGUGAGACCAUUGCCCUCUGGAAGGUGCGCCGAUGGUAGCAGCAGGUGUUUCCAGGUCCUGCAGCAUGGAAGUGUCUGGCUUAGUCAAAUAAACGAAUA